GUAUAUACAUUUUGGGCAGAUAAUGAAUGAUGACCCAUCAUGAGGUCAAUUUUUUUUUUGUGUCAAAGAUAGAAAUGUAUUGCAUAGGAUUAGAAAAUAUAGGCCUAAGUUCUACUGCAACCCAAACAGCUAGCCAAACCAAACAGGACCAAGCCCUUACAAUCAAACCCAGGCAGAAAACAUAGGCCCAUAAGCUCAUGAACAGUGAAACCAUACCAACCUAAACUAGAAGGAAGCUUGAAGCGUUGCCGGUGAGAGAGGGUUGAAGCAGCACGACUGAGAAGAGGCAAGGUGUUCUAUAGCUGAGUCUAUUCCACCAUCAAAAUAAGAGAAGCUCAACAAACUCAAAGAUGAUAACAAAAACUACCGAUGGCCUUUACUGAGAGAACAUGAAAGCUCAAGGUUGUAUACAAAUUGCAUGUCCGAAGGAAAUAAAGAAGAAGUGAAGCCCCAACUCAAACAAGGAUCACCAUCCACAAGCACCCUUACCAGCUUCAAAGUUCAAACAACCAAGAAAAGAAAGGAAGGGGGAUGAGGUAUCGCUCACGGUUUAUUUUUUGCGUUAAGGGUCAGAGAUUCAUAGAGGCGACUGCAACAUGAGAGCAUCUAAUAGGUCACCAAACCCAGAAAACCGCUCCAGAUUAAGCCUCCUUAAGCCUGAAACAGAAGCAGAUCAAGAAGGUGAAGCUCUCAUGCAGAUUUGCAAACAAGAAAAGGAAAAAGAACACAUCAUGCAGAAUCAAAGUAAGUUCUCUCUUCAAUGCCCUGAUCUGCCAAGAAACCAGAAGAAACUAUCAACAUUCCACCCAAUGAUGGGGAGGACGACUCGCAACCAGGUGGAGAGCAACCUUCUCUUGCUCGGAGACCUGCAAAGAAACUAGGACAGAAGCCUAGAGAAAAACUCCAGAAGGGGGGAUUCUCUCUCUACACUAGAAACAACUAAUUUUACCAAAAGCAUGUCAAUAAUAAAUAUGGCUCUUGGAUAUAUCUUGUCAACUAUGAAUCAUUAAGAUAACUAUCAUAGUACAAAAUGUGAAAAUGCAUAGUUUGAAAAAAGAAAUAAUUUGUAAAACAAAAUUCAAAUGAAUUUUCAAUUAAUCAUACAUGGCUUUUAUUCUUUAAAAAAAUUAUUUUUUAACAUGGGAUAAGAAAUAAUGCCUCAAAUGCUGCAUUGUAAUUUGAAACUAUAUGCGGACAUGGUAGCUCUGAAUUGAUAAUCAUAAAUCACAUUCACUCAAGAAUCCAAUUUCCUGCAUGACUCAGCAUACGACACCAUUCUUUUAUCACAAUAAUAUUUCAUUGGAUGAAAUCCAUUUAUCAACCUAUGAGACAAAGCGGGUCGUCUUCUACGAAAAAAAUUAAAUGGGACCCAAUUUCCGGCCACAUUUAGCAUAAAAGUUCAGAAGCACAUUUUGGACAAACACAAUUAGCCUUCAAGACAGAAGAAAGGUUUGAGAUUUUCUUACGAUUUGGUUCUUGUUAAUUUUCAUUUAUUAAAUUAAUAAGAAGGGAUUGUCAGAAAGAAAGGAGUCCCUAAUCGCUGCAGAACAUGCAAUAGGUAGACUAUGAGAUGUGAAAAAUGAGACUAACAAGGUUGUCUCAGAAGAACCCACAAAAGAACACAAACAAUGACCAUCAAAAUUUCAUCAAACAAAACUCUCGCUCGUGCCACGCGAAUGCACACCAGCCAAAUUGGUAUUUCCUCAUCAGGAAAUACAUCCAUCAAGGAUCACAAAGAGAAGCAUUACUUUUAUAUAAUCAAAUUCGCUGUAAAGGAGUUUACAUACUGGGUUUAGUGCCUGCAGUUCUUAAAGCUUGCGCUUCUGCCUCUAUUUUAAAAUAUGGAAAAUGUUUGCAUGGUGAGGCAAUCAAGAAAGGGGUGGAUUUUGAUGUAGUGAUUGGAACUUCGUUGGUUGACAUGUAUGGGAAAUCCGGGGAUAUAUUUAAUUCGCGUAAAGUGUUUGAUUGUAUGCCUGAGAGAAAUGUUGUCACAUGGAAUGCGAUGAUUGGUGGAUACAUUAGAAAUGGAGAUAUGAAAUCCGCGUCAGCUUUAUUUGAGAAAAUGUCUACAAGGACUGCGGUUACUUGGAUUGAAAUGAUUCAUGGGUUCGCAGGGAGUGGAGAUUUGGUUACUGCUAGGUAUUUGUUCGACCAGGUACCUCCUGAUUUGAAGAAUGUGGUAACAUGGAGUGUGAUGGUUGAUGGAUAUGCAAGCAAAGGACUGAUGGCGGAAGCAAGGGUUCUUUUCGAAGAGAUGCCCGAGAGGAAUUUCUUCUCAUGGUCAUCAAUGGUUUCAGGGUAUUGCAAAAUAGGUAACGUCAAGGAGGCCAGGGCUGUUUUUGAUCGAGUUCCAAUUAGGAACUUGGUAAAUUGGAAUUCUCUAAUUUGUGGGUAUACGCAAAAUGGGUUUUGUGAGGAAGCCCUGGAAGCGUUCAGAAAGAUGCAAGCUGAUGGAUUUGAACCUGAUGAAGUCACAGUUGCGAGUAUUUUAUCUGCUUGUGCCCAGCUGGGUCUGUUGGAUGUUGGUAAAGAUGUUCACCACAUGGUAUAUGAUAAAGGGAUACAGCUCAAUCAGUUUGUUAUGAAUGCAUUAGUUGACAUGUAUGCAAAAUGUGGGGAUUUAACUAAUGCGAGAUCGAUCUUUGAAGGGAUGACCUCUAAAAAUAGUGCCUGUUGGAAUGCUAUGAUAUCAGGUUUUGCCAUUCAUGGGCAGUGCAAAGAAGCUCUUGAUUUUUUCAGGAGGAUGGAAGAGUCAAAUGAGAAACCUGAUGAGAUAACAUUUUUAUCUGUCCUCUCUGCUUGUGCACAUGGGGGAUUCAUAGAUGAAGGUUUGGAGAUUUUCUCUAAGAUGGAGAAGUGUGGAUUAGCAGCAAGCAUCAAGCAUUACGGCUGCGUGGUUGAUCUUCUGGGGCGUGCAGGAAGACUACAAGAUGCUUAUCAGUUCAUUAAGAAAAUGCCAAUGAAACCAAAUGAUGCAGUUUGGGGUGCUUUGCUUGGAGCUUGUCGUGUUCAUUUGGAUAUGGAUAUGGUAGAGCAAGUGAUGGAAGAGGUUAGAAGAGAAGAGUGCAGUAUAGAUUCUGGCAAUGAUCCACAUUGUGUUCUGCUGUCGAAUGUAUUUGCUGCUUCUGAUAGUUGGGAGAAGGCUGAAAGGAUGAGGAUUGUUAUGGUGAAUAAAGGGCUUCCUAAGAUACCAGGACGCAGCUCAGUUGUGCUUGUGAAUACAGAGCAAUAAUAUUGCUUGUACCAAGUUAACUGCCAUAUAAAGUGGACCACCAUCCAUUUUUUGGAGAAAAGGUCUCUGUAAAACUCAAAGACACUUGUAAAAGAUGUGAUUCCACAUCUAGGCAAAGCGACAACGUUGUUGCACACUCCUUAUGUCCAGUGAUCACCAGAAGAAAGAUGAGCAUUUCACUUGCUGUGCUUUUAAGUUGGAUGGGACAUUAGCUCCCCAGUAGACUAGAGAAGUCUAGUUUUUGGUCCAGGUUUAACCUUGUUAUGCCGCUCCUUGUUGCUAAUGUUCAAUCAUGCAAGGCUGGUCAGCAGAAGAAAGAGGGAAAUAUAUGGCAACAUCACCUGCUCUGCUUUUCAAUCAAAAGGGGACACCCCCUCUGAACUGCGACAGACUUGAGGAAUGCAAUGCUUCGCAAUCGACUAAAAGGUGAUGUGGUGCAUGAGGUUUUCCAUAUUGUAGGCUGUGAGGGGCCAAAUGCUCGGCAAAGCUAAGAGUUAAAAAUGCAAUUGCCAAGCAGCUGGACCUGGAUUUUUUAUUCCCAUAUGUAUGGAGGUGCUGCAGACUUAACAUCUGGGACUUUUUUCUCAAAAAAUACAUCCAGAGUAUAUAU